AUGGGGGCCGACCCGCACCCCAUCGACCUGGAGACUCUCACUUUAACCAGCACGAUCGAACGAAUGGCGGCGACGAUGGAUACUCAAAACAGGGCGGCCGAGGCGGUAGACCACCGAGGCGUAAUGAUCGAAGAGACUCGCACCAAGGAUCCCAAGGACGGAACCAACCCCUUCCGCCGCCCUCCUCGUCCCAAGCACCUCCCCGCCGCCCGCGCCGAUCGCGAGACAGCAGAGGCCCCUUCGCCUUCGCCCGUCCCACCCCCAUCACGCCCAUCCUCCAACUACUCCUACGAGAAUGUCACUGAUGAAAGAAUCGCCCGCUGGGCUGCGACUGGGCGGCAAGAGGUCGUCGACCACGGCAUCCAAUCACGCAACGAUGUGGAUAUAACGGAGCUGUCGUGCAUCUUUCAGGAAUUCAUCCGAUCUGUCCUCGACGGCCGUUUACCUUCCAUCGAUGCAGGGACAUGCAUCAAGGAAAUUAUCGGGCCCGAGUCGAGCGAACUAACCAAGAACACCUUUGCCUUGGAACCGCAUGCCUUAUUCCUCGAUACCCUGGCCACGGUCCUCGAAGGCGAUUUGACCGACGAGCAUCCCCAACUUCGAUUCUUUUUAGACGCUACCGGCAUUUCCCACCAGACCAUGCGGGAAAUGCUCGAGGUGUCCCUUCUCAACCAGCUGGGCCUGAUCCGCGAUAGCUUCGCUAAGCUCGGCAUCCGCCACGCCACCAACCUUCUAUACCGACAGGCCAACUACAAUCUCUUGCGCGAGGAGACGGAAGGAUACUCUAAACUCAUUACCGAGCUGUUCACGACGACAGCGGGACUCCCUCUUUGGGAGAGGGCGCGCGACCUCCACCUCGGUGCCUUCUUCGAACUGGGCGGCCGCCAAAUCACCGAAGCCGAGCGCGAGACGCUAGAGGGCCUCGACGACGACGAAGUGAGCAACAAGACCGCCGCACAACUCCUCGGUUUCAAGCUUCGCUUCUACGCAUCCGAGGCCCGCGACGAAGAGGAUGUUUUGCCGGCCAACUUGUUAUAUCUCGCCGCCCUUCUCAUCAAGGUCGGCUUCAUCUCCUCACCGACCUUUACCCCCACCUUUGGCCCCUUGACCAGGACAUGGACGCUCCGACCCGGAGGCGGUAUGAAUGCCCUACUGAUGGCUGGCGCUCUCCCCGACGAUACCGUGCCUACCUCGACACCCCUGGCUCGCGCUCGCGAGACCGCCGCAAAACAGGACGCGGACUCCCAAGCCGCCGCCAAUGCCGGCGCCGAGGAAAAGUCCAAGCUUCCCGAGCCUAUGGAGCAAAAGGUUGCUCUCGUCCUCUGUUUGCUGACAAUCGGUGCUCUGCCCGAAGCCCUCUUUAUGCUCGGUCGCUUCCCGUGGAUGACGGACGCGUCGCCCGAGGUCCUUGACCGCAUCCACCGAAUACUCAACCACUCCCUCCACCAAGUUUUCAAAGACAGCCAACCAACCAGGUCUUCGGCGUACGUCGAGUGCCCCGCCAAGGACAUGGCGAAUGCCGACCAGAUUGGCGCUCCCAAGGGAACGGUCAAGCUUGGAAAACUCGUUCCCCGCAAGACCCUACGGUGGCCCUUUCCCGACAAGGCCGAUACCAACGACAACCAGCAUUACCGGUUCUAUUGGGAUGAGUGGACGGACAACAUUCCCGUUUGCCGCACCGUGGACGAUGUCUUCACCCUCUGCGGCAGUCUACUGAACGUUUCCGGUGUCAACAUUGGCAAGGACGAGACCCUCCUCCCGAAGCUUGCCACCAUCGGUGCCAAGAGCCUGGCCGAGGACUCCUCCAAAGAGAAUCGCGCCCGAUGGCUCGAUCUUCUGAAGCGCCUCCUGCUCCCCGCCCUCAGCAUGACCAAGGCCAACUCCGCCACCGUCAACGCCGUGUGGUCUCUGCUUAGCACGUACCCCACUCACGUCCGCUACAACCUCUACGCCGAGUGGUACGAGGGCCAAAUCUCUCGCCUCCCCGCCAUCAAGGCCGCCUUUUCCCGUACGAGGCUGGAGACGCUCAACAUCAUGAAGAGGCUUUCACUCACCAACCUCAGCGACAUGGCCAAGUCCCUCGCCAAGACGAGCUAUUCGUCACCCGGCGUCGUGUUCAAGGUGGCCCUGGAUCAAAUCGAAUCUUACGCCAACCUGAUUGACGCCUUUGUCGAGUGUGCGAAAUAUUUUACCGACUUGUCCUACGAUGUGCUCGUCUGGUCACUGAUGAACUCCCUUGGAGGCAAGAACCGCAGCCGUACGCAGGAGACUUCGGUGCUGCUCACUAGCAAGUGGCUGCAGGCCCUGUCCCGUUUCGCCGGCCGCGUCUUCCGGCGUUACUCCGUCAUGAACCCCACCCCCGUCAUUCAGUAUGUCGAUGAUCAGCUGUUCAAGGGCAACUCCACCGACUUGAUCAUCCUCAAAGAACUCAUCUCCUCUAUGGGCGGCGUCGUGCCGUCGGCUGAUUUCACCGAUGCCCAAAUCCUAGCCAUGUCGGGCGGCGAGACUCUUCGGAGACAGACGCUCAUCAGCGUCCAGGACAAGCGAUUUGACUCGGUAAAGAGCUCGAAGCGUCUCAUCCAGGCGCUGAUUGACUCCAAACUCGCCGGACGCUUGCUCGUCAACCUUGUACAAUAUCGACAGGCUGCCAUUUACAAGACACCCGAGGACGAGGCCCACAUCAAGUACCUCUCUUCCAUGAUUGACGACUCCAACCAGAUCCUGACUCAAUAUCUCGAUCUCCUCCGCAGCAACCUCGAGCCUUCCGUCUUUGAUUCUCUCGUCCCCGCCAUCGACCGGCUGCUGGGCGAUUUCGGCGUCGAUGUCAGCCUCGCGUUCCUUGUCAGCCGACCCAGCCUGUCAUUCCGCAUGAUGCCCAAGGAGGAGCAGGCAAAGGCGCAACUAUCCCAAGCCGCAACCGACGACGGCGACGUGUCCAUGGCGGAUGCGGCCGCUUCGCAAGCCCAAGCCUCGGUUGAUUCCGGAGACCUCGACGACAAGAUGGAGGGCGGUGUCGGUAGCGGCCGUAUCAACGACCCUUUCCUCGAAGUCUUGCAGCCGGUCAUGGAUACUCUGGAGCGGAUCAAGGAGCCUACAUUUUGGAAAGCUAUCACGCCCGAGUUUUACACCAUGUUCUGGGCGCUGCAGCUGGGCGACCUCUACGUCCCCGAGGAGUGGUACCAGAAGGAGGAGGACCGCGCCUACACCCAAGGCAAGGAGAUUAUGCGCGAUCGUUCCGACAUGACGAGGAACGGCAUUACCAAGAAGGAAGAGAAACACAAGGCCCUACUCGAUGUCGUCAUGAAGCUGGGCAAGGAAAAGGCGAGCCACCGCAAGGCCUUUGCGCGCAACAAGUUUUACAUUACGCGCAGGUUCAAGACUUGGUUCCCCGCCGCUGACCAGGCCAAGCCUCGCCUCGUCUCCGACGCCAUCCUCGAGCAGUGCCUGCUUCCCCGACUCGUACUGUCCGCUGGCGACGCCGAGUACUGCCACCGGGUCAUUCGCUUCCUCCACGAUUUCGCGUGCCCCAAUUUCAGCCUGAUGUCGCUUUACGAGCGCCUCUUCAACGCUAACCGGCUUCGAGCCAUCAUUUUCACCUGCACCGUUCGCGAGGUGGAGCACUUUGGCCGUUUCCUCAAGUGCGUCCUCAGCGACCUGUCUCGCUGGCACAAGGAUAAGGCGGUCUACGAAAAGGACGCUCUCCUGGGGCCCCAGGCGGGUCAGAAGGAACGCAACCUUCAUGGGUUCGCGACCGCGUUUGACGGCGAGGGUAAGCCUACUGCCUUUGUCGAGCACGCCCAGUUCCGCGACACCCUAUACGGCUGGCACAGGAACUUGAACACGGCGCUCAAGUCGUGCCUGGGCGGGAUGGAGUGGAUGCAUAUCCGCAAUGCCAUCACCCAGUUUAUCCGCCAGCUCAAGGCCAUCACCGAGCGCGAGUCCGCCAAGCCCGGCGUCGACCAUGCCGAGGCGGGCAACCGCGUCGAUCUUUCGGUAGCAGCGCAAACGGCCUUGUCGGAGUUGCAGAAGCGCAAGUCCAAGUGGGUAAUGGUGCAAGGAUUCCGACCCAACACGAGCGGGGAUUCUGGUCAAGAUAUUGCCCAAAAUUCCAAUCUUCGGCCCACGGCCAACGAGUUUAAGCCCGGCCGUGCUGGAAAAACGUCUACUAGCAAGGGACAUGCAGCCGCGGAGGACGAAGAUGGCGAGGUCAAGGACGGGGAAGACUCCAAGGCCAAACCGGGAGCCAGCAAUACUUCCAAGGACACACUACCUCCGCGACCGGAUGCGAAGCCGGGCCUUCAGUCUCAAGGUCCUGCCCUGCCGGAGCGCCCCCACACGGACUCCCUAUUCGACCAGAUGUUCGUCUGCCAGGAUACUUCCCUUCCGAUCGUUUUGGGCAAGUACGAGCCGCGCGAUGCUAGAGAAAAGGACCAAAGGGAAGCCCGCGAUGCUACCAGGACCCCCGAUCCGUCUCGAUUAGAGCGGCCCAGGGAUCUACCCAACGCCGACCGGCGGACCUCAGACCACUCUACCCCUCGAGACAACAGGGACGCUAGGGAUAGCCGGGAUAAUAGGGAAGCCCGCGAAACCAAGGAGGCGAGAGAGACGCCUCGUCAUUCCGAUGCAGAGCGGGCUGGUCGAAACGAUUCUGCCCGAAGGACAGAGCCGCAUGAUAGGGAAUCUCGCCAACAACAACAACCCAGAGAUAGACCGUCUGCUUCGCUCAAUGGCCGCGGUCACAACAGCCCGAGGCCAAGGGAUUCGGCGCCUGCUACCCCCACACCCGCAUCCUCUAACCGGACCGACGCCCCAAGCUUGGGCAUGAACCCUGAACGCGCAGCUCUCCUGAAUAACGCGGACCGCGCCCGACCCGACGGGAGAGGCGGAAAGGACAACGACACAAACCCUCGUCCCCAAGAACCGGACCGGGCCGACAUGAUUAACCCUGCCCGCGCUGCCUUGAUUGACGGAGGAGGAGGAGCAAUCGACCACCCCCUCGCGACGACGGUCGCGACAGGGGCCCGCGAGCACAUUCGCCGAGGCGACGGGACCGCCCGCAAGACCAAGCGCCUCCUCAGGACGGAGGGCGCGACGACCGCCACGGCCGUGGCCCUCCUGCGUCGCCGGGACAAUCGUGAUAGCCGUGACAACCGCGACAACCGUGACAACCGCGACAGCCGUCCCGACCCAGCACAGUCUGCCGGUAGCCGAGGCGAUAAGCGAAAUGACCGCGAAUCAAACAGACACCCAGAUAAUCGCCCUCUUCCCGGCGGCCACGGUGCUCCCCGCGAUCCUCAGAUGCAGACCAUGGCGGAAGACCAGGGCCGUACCAGGAUCAAAACUAUGGGCGCCUCAAUCCCAUUCCCUCCGUGGCUGAUAUUCCGUCGGGCCCGAGAGGCCGUGUGCGAGGCGCAGCCCGCUCCGCAUCUGGCGCUCCGCCUAACAACCCUCCGGGCGGCCGAUCGGACGCGAGAGGACAAAGCCCCGACAGACACCCCCACGGGUCCGUCGUCCUCUCGCGGUCGCCGCGGUCAGUUCGAGGCUAACAGCCAAGGCAUGAACCCUCCAGGGCCAUCGACGCCGGCGCCGCCCUCGCACUCAGAUCGCGGUCGCCAGGGACCUCCUGGCCCAUCUCCCGCCUCGUCCUUUGGUGGCACGCCUUCGACUCAAGUUGGCGUCCACCCAGACAGGCUCUCUCAGAUCGCUCCCCCGCCUCCCCGCCAAAUAACGCCAACGCAUCUCACGGCGGCUACAGCCGGCCUCCUAUGCACCAAGGCCAGGACCGCGCUUGCCGGAAUCAACAACAUGCUUCAGCAAGCCCAAGCCAACAUGUCGGACUCUAGCCGCUCGCGGCGCAGCAGCCAGCGUACCAAUUUGGCUGGCUCGGACGCCCAGAUCCUGACCGGGGCGUCGCCUGUAUCCACACCGACCAAGGACGGGGAACAAGCCAUUCGGCUGGAGGCAGGCGCUGAUCGAGGAUCUGCUAAUGGAGAUGGCCACAGUGGACGACCGGAUGACCGGGGUCGUCGAGACCGUGACCGGUCCGAGAGGUCCGGACGGUCCAGGCGGAGCAGCCGGGAACGGGAUCGGGAUCGAGACCGAGAGCGUGAUGCUCACCGAGACCGAGACCGAGAUCGUGAGCGAGAUCGCGAGAGGGACCGCAGCGCUGAUCGAGAAAGGGACAAGGAGUCGCGCAAUUACCGCGAUCGUCGAUCAGCGCCGUCUGGCACCCAGCCCCCGCUAGGGGUGGAAGAGACGAGCGCGAGUCAUCCCGACGCUCAGGUCGCGAGCCUACGGGCCGUGAACCCAUGGGUCCUUCAGGAUCCGUUAGAGACCCUCCGCCAUCUUCGGGUCCCGGCGGUAGGGACCACGCGGGUGGCGAGCCUCGGCGGUGGCGGUCGAGAUCUGAACUCGCGAACGCGGGACGACCGCCGUGAGCCAAGGGAUAAUCGUGGCCGAAAGAGGCGGAGCGAAGAAGGCGCGGGGUCCAUGUCCAACGAGCGAGAGAAACGACAGAGGCGAUAG